GUAAAUGUAAUGCGUUUUUCGCAGACAUGGUUUCCAAAAAACAUCGCUGAUUCCGACGUGAAAUUUGUCCGACAAUUUCGGAAAUUAAUUACGAUGAAAUUUUUUUAUAAUACGGUGUAACAAUAGUGAACGAAAAAAGUGACGGAAUUAGGUAAAUUUUUCCGGAAAAUGAUUCUGUAGUGAUCUGAAGGAAUUGGGAAACUUGAGACUAACCAUAGUUUUUUAAUUACCCGUAAAAUUUCGCCGGUUGUUCAAGCCAGAGCUUAGGUAGUUUAAUAAAAGUUUGCCAGUAAUCUUUAGCUUUAAGAAAUGUGUCACAGUUAGAAAAUUUAAGGUAUCUUCCGGUAGAAUAAUGUUUUAUAGAUUGUAAUGUUCAGACUGAGUAUGCUUAUCAGCUGUAUUUUCAUGACAAACACUGCAAUGGAAGAGAAGAACCUAGCAGCCAACUACGUAGACACCACAGACUUCUCAGACUUCGACAAAUACGCCGUCACCUGCUACAUUUGCGUCAACGUUUCGGACAAUCUCAUCUGCAAUCAGUUUGCCAUCGACAGGCCCUGUAAACCUGGAGAAACUUUCUGCCACACGUUACACAUAAUGGAUUCAAAGGGUACUAGCGUUCUGGUGAAUAAGAAGUGCACGACGGAAAAGGAAUGCCAAAGGAAUAAAGUUGGAUGUGUGGAAAUUGACUCGCAGAAGAUGUGUGUGUCGUGCUGCGACCAAAAUUAUUGCAACGUGAACGUACCAACCAAUUCCUCGACUGCCACUUUUGAUGAUAAGAUUUCGAAAAUGCGGAUGUUAGCUAAAAACCUGUUCAGGGAGAGGGAGAAAGCUCUAACGACAACAAUUAAAGACUCGACUUGUGCCAAUAAUUUUCUUGACAAAUAUUUAUUUUUUAUCUGUUUUCUGUUUACGUUAUUUUUUAUUGGGGAUAUUUAAGACAUAUUUUUUAAACGAUUUGUUAUCGGUGUUGCUUGAUAUUGUAAAUAUAUAUUAAUAUGCUUAUUACAUUAAUUAUUAUUAAGGACGUGACUGUUACUUUUUACUACUUUAUACAGAUAAGUGUAGCUAAUUAAUUUUGUCCUUUUUUUAUGGUAUAUUUAAGGAAAUUUUUUAUUUAGAAAAUCUGCCCGUUUAUUAUUUUAUUAACAGUUUUCGCUUUUUUUUGUUGUAUGGAGCUCUUGAUUUUCGAAAAAUUUAAAUGUAUAAAUGGUUCUGAUUUAUCAUUUAGGUGGAAAUUACUUUAAAGAAGUAGCUGUUAUGUAAAUCGCCGAUAAAUUUUGUUUUUAAAUGAUAAACUUUAUUUCAG